AUGCCUCCCUCUUUGGGUUCGUACCAGCAGCCAAAGUCUCCACUCUCCACCUUUGCACCUCAGAAGGAAUGGGUUAAGAAAGACAAACUGGUGAAUGGCCACACGUUGACCAGAACCUGGAAAGAAGACAGCAACAGAAACCAGUUCAGUGACCGAAAGCAGUUUGGCUCGGGGGAAGGCCAUUUCAACCCUGGCAAUCCCAUGGCUGACAUUCCUUUGGCUAACUUGAAAUCCUAUAAACAAGCAUCAGGACCAGUGGAGAGUCCGAAGGAGAACCAGCUAUAA